AUUAUUACCUCAGAUGCAUAAAUUUGAUACAAUAUAAGGGAAACUAUUCUAUACAGUGUACAUGAUGCAUCAAUAAAGAGAGAUUGACACUAAGUAGAAAGGGAAGUUGAAAGGUAUGGAAGUGCUUGUAUGUAGAAUCAUAGACUUGAUCAUUUAAAAACAUCCAUCGUUGAAUAAAAUAAAAACUGACAAUGCUGUGACAGCAAGACGUAGUUUGCUUGAUCUUGCAGAUGCAGAAGAGAAUGAACAAGAUGAAUAGAAAGCAGAACAGAAACGACCUAUAACAAUUAGACCUAUUUUAACAAAUAGUAAAUACAAAUCAAAUCGAUCUUUGUUGUCAUCUCCUUAACGUAAAUGA